GCACGUGACCCUUUCCGCCUGCCGCCUUCGCCUCCGCCAUGGACACGAGCCGCGUGCAGCCCAUCAAGCUGGCCCGAGUCACCAAAGUGCUGGGCCGGACAGGCUCGCAGGGGCAGUGCACCCAGGUCCGUGUGGAAUUCAUGGAUGACACCAGCCGUUCGAUUAUCCGCAACGUGAAAGGCCCAGUCCGGGAAGGGGAUGUCCUCACGCUGUUGGAGUCUGAACGCGAAGCCCGGCGGUUGCGCUGAGCUGUAGCCAAGUUGGGUCAAAACUCCCAUGUGAUGUGUUUGUACAAGCCUGGUUGAAGAGUGAUGAGCUACCCUCGGUCCUUCCAAUAAACUUCCUUUGCCCUCCACCACUUAAA